GUUUGCUCCUCAUUCACAUUGGCAGGGCCACAUAAACCUCCUCAGCGAGCUCAUGGUCAAAGGCUUUGGCCCCAAGCCUUGAUUUACCUGCAAUUGGUCCCCGCAACCAAGAUCCGAAGGAAUUGCAUUGAUUGACCUUCGACCAGCUCCAAUCCGGCGCAUACCCGCCGAGAAAGGCCAAUUGAGCGCACACCUUCCGCCUGACCCUCUAUGUCGUCGAGUGCUGCCUCCAUCGCUUGGCGGGCCAGCCUUCGGGCCCGCGCGCCCCCCGCAUCGCGCUGGUCCCAGCGGCCAUCGACGCUGCUCUCAAAGCGCUAUCCCGCUGCUGUGCGAUAUGCCUCCGAGUCGGCGCCAGUGCAGCAAUCAGCCGCCGAGACAGUAAAGGAGGCUUCCAAGGAGAUCCCUAAGAAAGCUGGUCGCGGGUCCCGGAAAGCUCUGUAUGGUACUUCUCUGGCGGUCGUCUUGUUGGUGGGCUAUAUCUAUGGAACGGAUACCCGGGCGAGCAUUCACCGCUAUGCUGUUGUUCCUCUGAUCCGGCAGGUCCUUCCAGAUGCGGAGGAUGCGCAUCAUUUUGGUGUUGACAUUCUGAAGCUCCUCUAUCAGUAUGGGCUUCACCCUCGUGAACGGGGUAACCCGGAUAAAGAUGGUGCUUUGACUACUGAGGUCUUCGGAUACACCCUCUCCAACCCUAUCGGUAUCUCUGCCGGUCUUGACAAGCACGCCGAUAUCCCCGAUGCCCUGCUCGAUCUUGGCCCAGCUAUUGUCGAGGUUGGUGGAACUACUCCUCUGCCACAGGAUGGUAACCCCAGACCUCGCGUAUUCCGCAUUCCCUCGCAACAUGCCAUGAUCAACCGCUACGGCCUCAACUCCAAGGGCGCGGACCACAUGGCUGCUGUGCUGAAGCAGCGCGUGCGCGACUUUGCCUACGCUGCCGGCCUGGGCGACCACGAUCUCGCUGAGCAGCGCGUGCUGGACGGCGAGGCCAAUGUGCCCCCUGGUAGUCUGGUCCCUGGCAAGCUGCUUGCCGUGCAGGUUGCGAAGAACAAGCUCACCCCCGAUGGCGACAUUGAUGCGAUCGCUCGUGACUACGUCUACUGCGUCGACCGUGUCGCACGCUACGCCGACAUCCUUGUUGUGAACGUCUCUAGCCCUAACACCCCCGGUCUUCGUGACCUCCAGGCCGCGGCCCCGCUCACCAAGAUCCUGACAGCCGUCGUCGGCGCUGCCAAGAACGUCGAGCGUAAGACGAAGCCGUACGUCAUGGUCAAGGUCAGCCCUGACGAGGACGAGGACGAGCAACUCUCCGGCAUCUGCGAGGCUGUCUGGAACUCGGGCGUGGACGGUGUCAUUGUCGGUAACACAACCAACCGCCGACCUGAAGCUCUGCCCAAGGGCUUCGUCCUCCCUGCUCACGAGCAACAAACUCUCAAGGAGACUGGCGGCUAUUCAGGCCCGCAGCUGUUUGGCCGUCUGGUCUCGCUCGUCGGUCGUUACCGUACCAUGCUAGACCAGGGUCCUCCAUCGCAAGCGACCGAGCAGACUGGUUCCUCCGAAGGUGAGAAUGUGCCUGUAGUUGCAUCGAGCCACCCCCGCAAGGUGCUCUUCGCCUCCGGUGGUAUCACGACCGGCCAGGAGGCGCGUCAGGCGCUGGAGGCUGGAGCCUCGGUCGCGAUGAUGUAUACUGGUGUGGUUUACGGUGGUAUUGGAACUGUGACGCGAGUGAAGCAGGAGCUGCGGGAGGAGCUGCAGAAGAAAUGAAUUAUCUGAAGCGGUGUGAGUGAGAUGAGCAUAAAAAGUACGGUCUAGAUCGUGAUCAUUUACGUUUCCAUUUUUCCUUUUACGUUUGUAUAUAGCAUUAUGAUAGGGACAUUUUAGCAUGAAGUUCAAUUUUAAAUUGGAGUCGGACACUUGACGAGUU